AUGGUCAAACCUGGAUCUGCAGUGCCAGAAAAAAUAAGAGAGAGCACAAGAUUUUAUCCUUACUUUAAGGAUUGCAUUGGAGCUAUUGAUGGCACUCACAUUCCAGUUAUGGUGUCUGGGCAAGAUAUUAACAGUUAUCGUAACCGUCAUGGAGAAAUUUCUCAAAAUGUUUUAGCAGCUUGUAACUUUGAUUUAGAAUUUAUAUAUGUACUCAGUGGGUGGGAGGGGUCUGCCCAUGAUUCACUUGUGUUGACAGAUGCUUUAUCAAGAAAUAAUGGCUUAAUCCCAUCAUCUUCAUCAGAACAAAUUUAUGAAGAUGACAACUUUGAUCAAUUAUUUUCUCAAGAACAACAACAAGCGAAUGCUAACUCAUGGAGAGAGAGUAUAGCCAAUCAAAUGUGGAGUGAUAUUGAUCAUGUUGUCAAUAAAUCUCUUCAUUGCCGCCAACGCAGUGAGAGCCCACAGAAAUCUGAGGACAUCUGUCCUUGUGGACAUUCUGUGUCCAUAAACGGGCAGCUGAUUGCAGCUAGCGAUCGUUGUCCAAUAGGAGUUGCUGAACUGGUGCGAGCCAUUUAUGGACAGUGA